UGUGAAAAAUUAUGUGGGCAAGAAUUUGUUUGGUGGCGGAGAAAAGAAGAUACAGAAAAAGAUAAAAGAUUGAGUCAUCAAUUCAAGGUUAUACUAAGCAAAAUGACAGAAGGGACUCUUUUGCAGUAUGUCUACACACUGCUAAAUCUCAAGAAAUCCCUAUAGAAAUCGAACCCAGACCGUAAGUUGCUGCGAAUUUUUUUGUUCACACGGGUACUUUUGGCAGAGCUAUCUGGCGCACAUACACACAACGCAGAACCCACAUGCAACUUGAGAAAUGCUUUAUUAAUUCUUUAGCAAUUAAUGCAGCUUAGUAUACAGCACGCCACCCUAGGCGAAAUCUAUUCUUCGUUUUUUCUUUUCUUUUCCAACUCUGCUGUUCAUAUCGUCUGUUUAUUGAAGACCCUUUUAAGUACUAUGCCUGUACUGCGGAAUUUCUUGUUUUUCAACUUGAGUUUCUCGAGAGUUCUCGGAGUUUGAUGCUCCGCUGUCUGGGUUCUUAUGAGUAAGUUUCAUCUUCUGCAAUCACAGUGUUAUAUGUUCUCUUUAAUUUUGCUUCUGACUUUUCUUGAAUUUGUUUUUACUCUUUCUUUCCACGCUGCUUCUUGGAUUGGGUUUAGUAUAUAUCCGGGCAUGAAGCAAGAUUUUGUAUUUACUUGUUUAUUAAUGUUCUUGAAUGUUCGUUUCGUUUUCUUUUGAAAUUUAGUGUCCAAUUUUGUGCUGCUACGUAGCUGAGAAACGGGGAGAAAGGACUAGCAAAAGCAAAUAUUAAUUUCAUGUGUUCGCUCUCGUUGGUAGUUUGCUGACAAAAUUUCAUCUUUUCUUUAGGAACACCUGAACCCUGUCUCGUGAGCUGAUUGAGUUUGCAGUCGAGGAGUUUGAAUUAUUGGAAAACUGGAUUAAGAUUUUAUUGUAUAGCAUGUGGCAGAGCAUAGAAAGGAGUUCUCUAUUCUCUGUAGUUCUCAUGCUCCAUAGAUGGUCUAAGUUUCCUGCAUUUAGACUGUUAAUGGCUUAACUCCAACUUUUGACUUAUAAAUUAGAUCUUUCUUUGGCUAUGUAAUUAAAAUGAAGUGAACUUCAAGAAAAUUGGGAAAGCAUUCAAUUACUUGCUUUCAUGUUACAGAUUUUCUGGGAGCAAUAGAGCUGUACUACUUCAGUUUGUGGUUACUUUAGCAUUAGUAAAGAAUUAGAUUAAAUUCGACAAUGGAGACUAGGAGGCUGCUGUGGGUUAUGGCAUUGGUCUUUUCAGUAGUUUUGUUGGUUCAAUAUAUUGAACUUCCCUAUGGUUAUGUCUUACAAUCGUUAUUAUCUUUUGGCAAAGCUCAAGUAACAUCAGCAGGCAGCUUGCUGACUAAGGGUUCUUCUAAGGACACUGAGAACUUGACAAACCAGAUUGGUCUUAGUGGUGUGAACUCCUCCCAAAUGGAUGUUGUCCAUGAGUUUCUGAAUAUGACAAAGUUACCUGAUCAGAAAAAUGAGGAUGAUAAACAUGAUUUGAAGUCAGAAACCAGUAAGCUUUCUGAUGAUUCUCUUGGUAUUAGUAAUGAUCCUGAAGAUGACCAUCCAUCUAGGGACUUUUUGAGAGUACUCCACAACUCAACUGAUGAGGGAGUUGCAGGAAACAAGAAAUUGGCACCAAAAAAGGCUGGAGAGCAUGGGUAUGAUUUACCAGUAUCCCGAUACACUUCUGCAAAUAAUGCUUCAUUGAACAAUCUUCAGGUCACAAAUGCUGUUCCAUCGUCUAUCAAGAAUGAAGAUACAAUUUCCCCCAUGACAAGUCCGCAGGUGGCAUCCCCACCACCAAACUCACCAUCUCACAUCUCAUCUCCAGAGUUUAUUGGCAGAAAUCAAAGUCCUCACAUUCAAUCCUCCAGGCCAAGUACAACUUCAAAGGGCAAAGAUGCAGCAAAUACACUUCUAAACAAUGGAAAGCCUGGGCUAGAACAAAGUGGCCUUUCUGCUUUUGUUAAUAAUUCUUCCACCAGAAAGACUCCUGCUAAGAUGAAAAGGUUCAAGGGACCACCAUCUGUAGUAGUGCCAAUAUCUGCAAUGAAUGAUAUGCUGCAUCAAAGUCGUGUUUCGUAUCGGUCCACGAAACCUCAGUGGCCUUCACAAGCAGAGAAAGAAUUACUGAAUGCUAAAACACUGAUUGAGAGAGCAGAAAUUAUGGAAGAGAACCCUCAAAUUGAUGUUAAUGUGUAUAAAAACUUUUCUGCAUUUACAAGGAGCUAUGAAUUGAUGGAACAGGCUCUUAAGAUUUACAUCUACACUGAAGGAGAAAGGCCCAUAUUCCACCAGCCUGAGCUUAACGGAAUAUAUGCUUCUGAGGGAUGGUUCAUGAAGCUGCUGGAAGAAAACAAGCACUUUGUCACUGGAAAUGCCAAUAAAGCCCAUCUGUUUUACUUGCCUUUCAGUUCACGGAUAUUAGAGGAGACUUUGUAUGUUCCAGAUUCUCACAGUCGCAGGAACUUGGUUCAGUAUUUGAGUAGCUACCUCCAGAAUAUCACAACAAAAUAUUCUUUUUGGAACAGAACUGGUGGAGCUGACCAUUUUCUUGUAGCCUGCCAUGACUGGGCACCUGCAGAGACCAGCCGAAUCAUGAAGAACUGUAUUAGAGCUUUGUGCAAUGCUGAUGUCAAGGGAGGAUUCCAGUUCGGCAAAGAUGUAUCUCUACCAGAAAUAUAUGUACGCAAUGCUUCAAAUCCUCUUAAAAACCUUGGAGGAAAACCUCCUUCUCAAAGGCGCAUCCUAGCCUUUUUCGCUGGGCAUAUGCAUGGUUAUCUCCGUCCCAUUUUGUUGAAUUACUGGGAAAACAAAGAUCCCGACAUGAAGAUCUUUGGUAAGCUAAGGGUGGAGAAGGGUCAGAUGACGUAUAUCCAGUACAUGAAAAGCAGCAAGUACUGCAUAAGUGCUAAAGGUUACGAACCCUACACCCCCCGAGUUGUGGAGGCCAUUUUCUACGAGUGUGUUCCUGUAAUCAUAUCCGACAAUUACAUACCUCCAUUCUUCGAGACCCUGAAUUGGGAGUCUUUCGCUGUGUUCAUCCUGGAGAAGGACAUUCCAAAUUUGAAGAAUAUACUCAUGUCAAUCCCAGAACAUAGAUACAUUAAGAUGCAGAAAAGGGUUAGACAGAUACAGAAGCAUUUUCUUUGGCAUAGUAAGCCGGUGAAGUAUGAUGUUUUCCACAUGAUACUCCACUCAAUAUGGUGGACUAAGAUUUUCCAGAUGAGACCAGGGUGAUUCAUAUGCAUCAUAUAUGAAAAAUUCACCGAGUUGGCAAAAGCUUUUCCUCUUCUGGAAAUAAGCUGAGUGUGAUCUGAUGCAAGAAACAUGGUAGGAAUCGAAGCCCUUUCUCGGUGACGACUAAUCCUUGCUUUCUUCUCAUUUCCUGUUUCGCUGAUAAACAGGAGAACAGGGAACGAGUUUGAAAACUUUGAAUACAAGAUGAAACACCAGUUUGUGAAGUGGGAUUCUUUGGCAUAUUCAUUUUCAAGGGCAUUCAUACAAACUCUAGCAAUUGCAAGGACAAGCAGAUUGAGCAGCUUCUCCUUCAGAAUUGCAACACACUGUGAAACAUGGCAGAAACCAACAAGGUGAGGAUCAGGAAGCUAUUUCUCUUGAAAUCUUAGCCAGGAAUUUUGUGAAAAUUUAUGGUAGUCUGAUGUAAAUUCAGUCAUUUUUAGCUUGUAUUAUACACUAUCAUCAAACAGUCCGAAUCUUAUACUGCAAAUGGUGUCACAUCUUAUUUAGUAUAUAUACACUAACAAGGAAAUGUGUGCUUGCUGGAUCUUUCUAUCUCUAAU